CCGCCCCGCGCAGCCGGAAGCGGUCAGCGCGGGAGGCACGUGGGGCCGCGGCGGGAGCGGGCACGGCCGGUGCGGCCACGGAGCCGCUGCCCCACAGCCCGGCCAUGGAGCUGCUGCCCCGCAGCCCCGCCGAGUUCGGCUCUGCACGCUACUGGGAUCGCUUCUUCCGCCAGCGCGGGCAGCGCCCCUUCGAGUGGUACGGGGCCUUCCCGGAGCUCUGCCCCGUUCUGCACAAGUAUGUGCGGCCCCGGGACAAGGUUCUGGUGGUGGGCUGUGGGAACUCGGAGCUGAGCGAGCAGAUGUACGACGUGGGGAUGUGCGAGGACAUCGUCAACAUCGACACCAGCGACGCCGUGAUCCGCCAGAUGCGGGAGCGCAGUGCCAGCUCCAGGCCCAGGAUGAGCUACCUGCUGAUGGACAUGCUCCACAUGGAUUUCCCCGAUGCCCACUUCCAGGUGGUCCUGGACAAAGGCACGCUGGAUGCCGUCCUGACCGAUGAAGAGGAGGCCACGUUAGCCAAGGUGGAUCAGAUGUUUGCCGAGAUCAGCCGCGUCCUGCAGGUAGGAGGGCGCUACCUCUGUGUCUCCUUGGCUCAAGCCCACGUGCUGAAGAAAGCCGUGGAAUUCUUCUCCCUGGAAGGCUGGGUGGUGCGUGUCCACCAGGUGGCCAGCAGUGGGGACAAGCAGCAGUUUGUCCUGCCGGUGUUCGUGUACGUCAUGACAAAGUUCAGGAAGAUCCCUGGCUCGGCAGCUCAGAUCCUGGAGAUCUGCCCUGAGGAGCAGGACAAGCCAAUGCGGGUGCAGAGCGUGGAGCAGCUGGUGGCAGCAGUGAAGGACAGGCAGCAUUAUGCCCUGCUCUGCAGCCAGAUCAGCAAAACCCCCUGCAGGGAACAGGUUUCCCUGGAUCUGUGUGACAAAGAGAGCGGGAAGCCUCGCUACACGCUGCACGUGGUUGACAGCCCCUCGGUGAAACCUUCCCGGGACAAUCACUUUGCCAUCUUCAUCAUCCCACAGGGCAGAGAAACCGAGUGGCUGUUUGGCACGGAGGAGGGCCGGCGGCAGCUGGCGGCCAGCGCGGGCUUCGGGCGCCUGCUGACGGUGGCGCUGCACAGGGAGCAGCGCUACGAGGGCAUGGCCGGCAUCCAGGCGGAGCUGUCGGCGAAGGUGAUGGAGCUGGCCCCGCCGGGCCUCCCUGCCCGGCAGCAGGUGCCCUUCCUGUCCGUGGGAGGGGACAUCGGGGUGCGGGCGGUGCGGCACUGCGGCAGCAGCCCCCUGAGCGGGGACUUCGUUGUGGAGGACGUGAAGGGAGAUGGCACCUGCUACUUCCGCCGCCUCAUCUUCCUCCAGAACAGGAACGUGGUGCAGUCAGAGGCACGGCUCUUGGGUCCCACACCUCUCCCAGGCCAGAAGAAGCGGAGGAAGGACAAGAAGAAAGCCAGCCCUGCUGAGCCACCUGGAGCCAUCGACAAGAGCUGCCUGUGCUGUGAGCACCACAAGGCCAUGGUUGCGGGGCUCUGCCUGCUGGGGGGCCCCAACGCCCUCCCAGGAGAGCUGGCAGUGCUGGUGGUGGGGCUCGGCGGGGGCAGCCUGCCCCUCUUCGUCCACGAUUACUUCUCGCCGGCCCGCGUGGCCGUGGUGGAGAUCGACUCCUCCAUGCUGGACGUGGCCACGUGCUGGUUCGGUUUCUCCCAGGGUGACCGGAUGCAAGUGCACAUCUGCGAUGGCCUGGACUACGUGGCCAAGCUGGCAGCCGAAGCCCCAGCCCAGUAUGAUGCUGUCAUGUUUGAUGUGGACAGCAAAGACCUCACGGUGGGGAUGAGCUGCCCACCCCCAGCCUUUGUGGAAAAGCCCUUUCUGCAGAAAGUUAAAACCAUCCUCAAGCCAGAAGGAGUGUUCAUCCUCAACCUGGUGUGCCGCGACGCCCGGCUGAAGGAGUCCGUGCUGGCCGUGCUCAGGGACGUCUUCCCGCUGCUGUACGCGCGCCGCAUCCAGGGCGAGGUCAACGAGAUCCUGUUCUGCCAGGCGGGCACCGCGGGCCGGCGCCAGCCCGCCGAGCUGGGCGCGCGGGCGCGGGCGCUGCAGGGGGCCCUGCAGCAGCCGGGCCGGCCCUGGGACGGCUCCUACGCGCUGGCAGACAUGCUGCAGGCCGUGCACAUCCUCUGAGAGCCUGCUGCCGCUCCGACACCGCGCCUCCUGCCGGCCUGGGCCUGCGGGAAGGAUGGCACUGGCACGGGGAGCGCGGCUCCUGAGGAAGGGGGCCAGCACCACGGGGGGCUGUACAGCCCAAGGGGCAGCGUUCAGCGGUGAGGAAGGUGCUGUGAGACUGGCAGGACUGAGUUUGGGCCAGUCCUCGUUGCUUUCCCACUUUGGGAAGAACAUCCCUCCGAUUCUCCUCCCCUUCGGCACAGCUCCUCUCAUUCUGGUGGUGCCUCUACCUGCAUCUCCAGCAUUCCUGGUGUCUCUGCAGAGCCCCAGGCCGGCUCCAAGCCUGCUUGUGGUUGUGUGUGGGUGGGCUGGAAGCUGUGAGAAUAAAGUGCUCAGGGGUGCUCUGAGGCCUGUAGUGCUUUGCUAAGGCUUAUUUCUGAAGCACCCCCACUCCUGGAAAGCCUACGGUCACCUCUGCCCUUCAAAGGCAUGUCCUGGGAGCAGGCAACUGCCCCUUGAACCCCACAGCGCCCUCACCACUCACCCUCCCCAAUUUUUUCCUGAAUCUCCCCAGAUUUGUUUCCCUUAGUCCAGAUCUCUCCAGCCACCGCCACUGAACUGAAACCCCCGAGCUCAGAACCCUUCUGCCCCAGGGCCAGCAGGGAGCCAGCCCUGGGCUCAGCCCCUGGCCACACCAACCCACUCACCCAGCUGGUGCAGGUCAGCCUUUCUGCAGGGUGAAAGGGCAGCCAGAAAAUACCCAUUGGGGUGGGUGUUCCCACAGCACCCCAGUCCUGCCUGGACAGCUCAUUCAAGAGCUGACCUGUGUGCCCUGGCUGGUUACAGAACAGCUGACCUGCAGGUUCUCAUUCAUUCAUUCAUCAGAAGCUAUUUUUGGGGGGCUUGUCUUUCUCCCCUGCAACAGCUGAUGCCACAAUGAGCCUGAGACACUGUACCAAAGAGAGCAGCUUGCAGACAGCGAGGUGACAAACCAGUGCUUUGCCACUGAUCCUGUGCCCUCACUCCAUGCUCCCUUCUGCCCCUGGCAGCCUGAGAGAAGACAUCUUUCUGACAGCUGCUUCCCAAAGCACACCCUCCCCAGCCUCCUUUCCACAGCCCAGGGAGGUAACAACCACCAAAAGUAGCUCCAGGAGGGAUCUGUGUGUCAGCAUCCCUGCUGGGGCCAUCUCCCAGCUCUGCAGCUCACACACCCUGUCCCAACAGGGUCUGGGCGGCUCUCCUUGCUUGGAGGGAGCCAGCUCUGUUCCAUCUGUGGGAAAACCUCUGCCACUUCAGAGCAGGAGGGUGUGUGAGCCCGAGAGUUUGCAGUUCCCCAGCUCCAUGGGGCCAUGGAAAGGGUGCCCCAAAGGCUCUCACCCCCUGAAGCAGGGGGGACCAUGUGGGCACUGCACAAAUGCAGGAGAUGGGGCUGUUUGUGCCCAGGUUGCACCAUGGCAGCUGUGCUGCCAGCAAGCACCUCCCUCUGAUCAGCACCUGGGGAUGUAUUUUCAUUUCAUUUAGCCAGCAGGUUCUACUUUGGGAACUGCUCUGUUCAGAUCCCUUCUCUGAUGCUUCCUCCCUUGUUCCCCUUCACACAGAGGGACAGAUGGGUGCCCUACUUUCUCCCUGGGCUAACCUGCAUCCAUGCAGAGGGAGGAGAUGCUUUUUUAAUAAGUGCUGUUGAUGGUUCCCAGGCCCAGGAGAGCAGGGCUGGCCUGCUCCCUGCCUCAGAUAAAGGCUGGCAGCCCGGCUAGGUGACCUCUAUGUCACUCACCACCCAGUCACUCCUCCAGUGUGUUCUCCUGUGCUGAGCUCAGGACAUAUGGGGGAGGAACAAGGCUGGAGCUGGAGCUGAAGUGUGCCUGCCCCCAUGCAGUUUCUAAAGCUCCUCUGUGAUGAGCACUGUUUUGAAAGAUCUCUAUUAUCCACCUAGCUUAGAGAUGGCAAAUUUCUCAACUAGAUCAGCCGUGCUGCAUUUACUCUAUUUUUAACUUAGUUUGCAAUUCUCAACAUAAUCUUAACGACAUAGGUUUGUGUGUGUGUGCCCUUUAUUUUACCGAAACCAUCUCCUUUCUUCCCCAGGAGCUCAUACAAAGGCUGCCUUCAUCCCUCCCUUGUCCAGUCCUGCCUUUCUGUUGUGCUUCCAGAACGCUGCAUAACGCCACAUCCUGGUGGAAAAACAAAAGCCAUCUAUUGGAAACAAUGUAAGGAUGAAAUCUCAGCUCAUUGCAGCUGUUCUUGCAGCUACUGACAGCCUGAACUCUUUGGUCUGGAAAUUAAUUUCAGCGGGAAAACUGGCAAUUUAAUGAGUGCUGCAAAUCCUCCUCUGCAGGUAAAACGCUCCAAGGCUGGAGUAAUUGACACAUAGUAAAUAUUCCUCUGCCGGCAGCCAAAACAUGCAGCUAAUGUAUAUGUUUGGCAGGGGUGAUUCUGUGGAGGGUUUGGCAAUGUACUCAUGUUUACAUCCCUUACUCCUCACUUCCUUCCCUUGCAGCGUAGGCACGCUGUCAGUGGCGGGAUAGAAACAAGCUCUGCCGUCACUUAGCAACAUCCACUGGCACGGAGAUGUUGACUUUCUCCUUUCUGGCUCUCCCAGUACAAAAAGAGCUGGGUGUGUAGCUCGUGUGUGGCUCAGGUGUGAGGCUGUAACCAGCUGGGGAUGCUUUGGGCUGGUCCUGUCCCUGCUCAGAGUAUCACAUCCAUCCUGCUGCCACUCCUCUGAACGAGACACUGGGAAUUGGUGGGUCAGCCCUGAGUUUCCUGAGCUUGGGUGGAAGGAUGCAGAGAGGUUUUUUGGCCCAGGGUGGCUGUGGGCAGGCAGUUGGCAGGGCUGGCACCUUGAGGCAGGCACUGAUGGGGUGCCACACGUACACCCCUAAUGGUGUCACAGCCUAGGUCCCUGUUUUGCAGAAGAGAAGAGGAUGACACUCCAGUUCCCUCCUGGGAACAGGGUGGAGGUGGAUAAGGGACAUACUGUCAUCAGCUCAAAGUACAGCAAGCAGCUGGGAGAGAUUUUGCAGCAACAAAAGCUGCAGGGACUGAGCCCUGGGCUGAUUCCCUUCAGCUGGGCAGAGCCUUGGCUCCCCUGCCUGGGGAUGCUGCAGGGCAUGGUCCAGCACAAGGGCUGCAACAGCCACUCCCAGAGGCUGGAAACACGUGGGGAGUGUUUUGUUCAUGAAAUUUUCCCUUGGGGAAGCACUUGGCUUGUCUGGCUUUGUGGCCAAGGAAGCAGGCAUGCUGCCAGGCUGCAGGGAGGGAGUACAGCUCUUUCCUGGGGUGCUGAGGGCUGCAGGGAAACAUCUCUGCAGGCUGCAAUGCAGCACCGUGCCCUUUUUCUAGCCUGCAACUGGAUGCACCCGACUAAAGAAUGCAGCUGGAGGUCACAGGGCAGGAGAGAGGAGAGAUGGGACAGGGAUUGGGUUGUCCUGCUAUCAGUGAGUCAGCAGUGCCCCGGGCUGUGGGGGGAAGGCAGAAAGCACAUCCUCUUUACAUGGAGAAAUGCUGCAGCCACGACUAUAAUCACAGCUCUGCAGCCACUCUGGCUUUCUGUCACGGGCUCAAAUUCCACCUUUUGCAGCCUCAAGGUCUGAGCUCUCGUCCUGGCAGACGCACAGGCAUGAUGCUGACUGGCACCUUCAUGCAGAGUGCUGCUGAGAACCUGGGAGCUCCCCUUGCACGGGCUCCCUGCCCACACCUCCUCCUGCUCUGUGCCCAUCAGCUGCCUGAAACGCUCUGCAAAAACUCUGUGUUUGUGUCCGAAGCAAGACGGAGGUGAGGGAGGGCCCUGGAGAGACGAGAAGUGUGAAGGAACCUGCCUGUUCUUGGGGGAGAGGAUGCAGCCCCUGCCUGCUCUGCUCCCCAGGGGCAGGGCAGCGUCACUGACUCUUCACUGCAGGCAUCUGCCAGUCUCCCCUCGGCUGGUUUAUAUAGAACUCAUUUCUCCUGAGGGGAAUUGCACUGCUGUGUGUUUAUGAAGCAGCCUGGGGACCUGGUCCAAAUGUCCUCAGUCUGAACGUCACGCUGCCUGGUUAGGGAGAAGUGUCUGUGCGUGAGUUUGUGGGUUCAGCUGUGGCCUGAAGCCAGGCUAUUUUUGCCAUGUAUUUUUCUGAAAGUCGUGGCAGGACAAGCUUGCUGUCUGUAGCCUUGAUCUGAAAUGCACUGAAGGCUGCGGCUGGGGGCCCCAGGCAGGCUGUGCUGGAGCUGGUGACAUGUGACAUCAGACCACGCUGCUGGAGUCAGGAUGUCACCUUGGGGAGCAGGGCACCCACCCUUCCUGCCAUGCCAGAAAGGUUCUUGGCAGAGGUUUGCUCUCCUCGCUGAGCCUGGCACUCAGCAAAAGGAAAUGAUAAAUACUGUGGGGCACAACUGAGCACACCAGGGUAAAACCAGAUUGUGUUUAGCUGGUUAACCAGUGGGCAGCACAGCUCUGUGCUCCUGGGGAUUGCACCUACUGCUCCCCCAGAGAACAAUUUCUUGCGUGGCCCCCUGACACUGAUUUGGGUCUUGUAUUUCAGAGCUAUUUGUUACAAGAAGCUUUGCAAUGGUCUCUGCUAGCAGCACCCCUGUUUUCUUUAAUUUAGCCACCCUGAAUCUUGGCAAAUUCAGAAAGCCAGGCUGGGCUCUGCAUGGGGGUUUGGAACAAGCUGCCCAGAGAAGCCAGUCAGGAAAAGCAGAGACCUAAAGAUAUGCUCAGGUGCCUCUCCUCUCUCCUUCCCUGCUCUCUUGGGAAGUUGUUGGAAAAAUGAGGAAAACCCCCCAUGAUAACACAAGCAUCCAUAAUGAAAUUGUUUGUGCCUUUUCCAGAAGGUGGGGAAUUUAUACUUGGCUGCUUGUAGCUUUUUUUUUUGGAGGAGGGAAGAGUUGAUUUUUGUAAGUGAUAGAAUGUGGGCACUUAGUGGCUUUAACUCUGCUUCACCAGACAAAAAAAUUUGGUUUAGAAACCCCAGACUUGGGGGAAUAACUCAAACUUUUCCUAAUCUUAGGUUUUUUCCUAAUUUAUUUUAUUUUAUUCAUGGAAGCAGACAAAGCUAUUAUUUAAAGACCUCACAGAAAGGACAGUUCCCUAGGUUAUCAGUUUGAAGGUGUGCAUGGUGCUGCUCCCCAGGCAUUGUGCCUUUCUCAGUCUUCAUUUGUCUCCUGUGGAGAUGCAAUCCUAUGGCCAGGCUGCUCCUCUAGGGAUCUUAAUUAUUUCAAGGGGGCAGCACAAAGUGCUCGGAUACUCACAAUGUUCUGCUCAACUCCCAGCCUCCAAAGAAACCCACAAACUGGAGGAAGGCCAGGCAGCUACUCCAGGGCCUCCUGGCAUAGCUUGCCUGCCCAGGAGUGGGGAAAGAAAUAAUCAUGCUGCUAAUUGGCAUAAUUAUGUCAAUAACUCCCAGGCUCCCAACUAGACAGAAAUGAUGGCAAGGCUUUUCCCAGAGGCUGUGAUCUAACUGCAGUGGCGAGGAGAAGCCGUCUCCACCUUAUGUCGAUUAAAAACUGUUACUUGUUUCCAGAGCUAUAGGUCGGUCUGUUGUAAUUUUUUACACUUAUUGAGAGCUCUGGCCAAGAGGUUUUGAUAAUCCUCCAGAUCGUUAGUCUCUGUCAGCCUGCGGGAUGUUCACAGUUCCCUUUUGUUUUGCUUUUCACGCUGAGUGAGGCCAGUGUCUGCUUUAAUAGAGACGAUAACUUUUAUCGCUGCACGACUCCAAAGCCUGCGUUUUGGAUAUUUUCAUGAUGUGACUGCUGCCAGUAAUCGCAGAUAAAUCUCCUCUCUGUUGUGUGCCUGAGCUUUUAGCUCAGUCUCGGCAUGCAUUUUGAAUUGAACACGCUGCAGUGACAUGGCUUGGACCUUGCUGUUGCUCCCCAGGCUGCUCCUGAGCCAGGCACCUGCCAGAGCCGGCUCCUCCUCAGAGUGUGCCCGACCCACAGCACUCGUGCCUGUGGCUGAGCCUUGCCACAGCCCUUCCCACCAGCAGGACGGUGGCAGCUGGGGUUGGGGCUCUCAGGGGAGAGGGCAGUAUGGUGGUCUCACGGUCAGUGCACAGAUCUGGGUGAACCAUGCUCCUCGUGUCCAAGCGUGCCAGCACCGAGGUGUCCUCGGGCAGGAACAGAACCACAGAACGGCUCGGGCUGCCAGGGAGCACAGUGGGGCAUCUGCUCCAAUGUCCCAGCUCAAGCAGUGUUAACCAGAGCACAGGCACAGGAUUGUGGCCUGCUGGUUCUGGGGUACCUCCGGGGAGGGAGAGUCCACAGCUUCUCUGGGCAAUCUGUGAAGAAACAAUCCCUAACAAGCAAGCUCUAAGCGAUGUCCAGGUGGUAGAAACACAUAUUACUUGUCGGUGGAAUUGCCUUGUUAAGGUUUAGGGCUCGACAUGUUUCAAUUAUUUCAGGACUAGAGGGAUACCAAAGGGUGUACCACUCUUAGUUGAUACAAAGAAUGCAGAAUUUAGGGGUUACAAGGAUAUUUGGCAGAACACCCAAAAUAAGGAAGAAACUGUUAAAAACAACUGAGCAACUGUGCUGAAAUCAGCUGUGGCUGGGUAAGAGGUAAUUCUGGCAAAUUGUGACCACCGACCACAGACCCAAAACCCCACUAACUCAAGAGACUGAGUAUGCAGACUAAUUAGCAUUGGAAACAAGAGAAUCAUUAACCAACAGAAGAUAGAACACUAAUUAAUAAGCGAACUAGAUACCUUGUACCCAAUAAACGUCAGCGCCUUGGUUUGUUAAAAUCCACAAAAAGAGAAAACUUCUGACAAUCAUCGUGCUGUCUUUGUGGAUUUGCCGCCCA